GCGUUUGAUUACAUGUUAUAUUAUUAUAGUUAAGCAUGUCCUCGGAACCAACAGAAGUUGAACACAAGUCGAUCACUUUGUCUGCUCAGAACACUAAAAUUGUCAGAAAUUUGCUAAUAUCAAACUUGUCUAAGGAAAAGAUAGCCUCAGAAAUCAUUUUAUUAAUAAUAACGUGCAAACUUGGACUGUUGCAGAUAUGCGUGGUGCGUUCUGCAAUAUUAGAAUCGACUGAUGGUGGAAAGUGCUCGGUUCCGCCGAUUCAAAGAUUUUCUGAAUUUCGAAGAAGUCUUGACGCCGAAAUGAAGAGAGGAACAAGAGACGGACUUUCGCAGAAGUUCAAGAAACCCACACGAGAAGAGAUAACAGAAGAAGAAGAAGAAGAACUGUUUUGGAAAAAAGGUUUAUUAGGAAUUAGUUCUGCCAAAACGUUAUUAAAUACUAUUUACUUCUAUAAUGGUAAACUAUUUGGUUUACGUGCUAGUGAUCACAGAAAUAUUAGAUUAAACAAUUUCAAAGUUUUCAAAAAUAAGAUAAUUUUUGAUGAAAGUCUUAGCAAGACCUUUCAUGGCGGGCUAAAAGAUAUGAAAUAUUCUCCACGAGUAGUGACCCACAUAUGCCACGAUAUUAAAGAAGAAAAUCACAGUAGAUGUUUAGUUUCAAUGUAUAAUUUAUACUUUCAGAAAGUACAACAAUUUGCAGAAUCCUUAGGAGCUUUUUAUUUCCGUCCAAAUCGGGAUCCUAGUAAGUUCAGUUAUGACAAAAGUCCACUUGGCAUCAAUACCUUGAACAACAUUUUACCAAAUGAAUUGUGUUGCAAAGCUGGCGUACAAAGAAAAACUAGCCAUUCCUUGAGAAUCACGUGCGCCACAAAAUUAUUUCAACAAGGUGUGGAAGAAAAAAUUAUUCRACAGCGAACUGGUCAUCRGUCGGAUGCACUUWUGAAGUAUCAACACCCUUCAUCUGCACAGCUAGAAAAUGCUAGUUCAAUUUUGGACCCUCCGGCUACUGCAUCGGAAUUUAACGCAGAAUUACCAAAUUUUGAGGUUGUAACAGAAUGCUGUGCAUCAGAGAUCCUAGAAGAAAUAAGUGAUGUUGAACUAUCUAACAUUCCGUUACCRGGUGAUUCAAAUGAUUUGUUCGAAUGCUUUUUAAAUGAAUUUGACAGUAUAAGUGAUGAUUUAUUAGCUCAGGUAGAAAUGCCAACUAGCCAUUUCUCACCUACUUUAAAUUGUGAGCCUGUAGCAACYGGCAGUAGUUCAGCUGAGUCAUUAAAUAAUGCAGUUUUUAGCAACUGCACAAUUACAUUCAAUAUUAAACAAUAAAUUAAGUAAGUUAAUAAUAAUCAUAUAUCGUUUGCUUCAUGGGUGUGGCUACUUCUGAUAUGAUAUAUAAUGGACAAAGCGUGCUGUAUUUGUAAUUUAUCUCUAAAAACAGCUAGUAAAGUCACUGAGAUUGAAUUGUUUUGCUAUUGUUUUUAUUUGCUUAUCCCGGCAAGUAUUAUGCAUCGAAUAUCAGUGGUCUAUCAGAUUUAGAACACUCAUGAAUAUAAACAUGAGUGUUUUAAAUGUGAUAGACCRCUAAUGUUUAAUGCAUCGUGUAUUCAUUAUCAGCCCCGCACUCCCCUGAAAAAUUCAAAACCGCCCCCGACUUUAAGAAUCUUGAUUUUUUAGCGGGGUAUAAAAAACUUGUCACGUGAUGUAAAUCAAGGACGCCAUUGGUCAAAUCACCUUAUUAAUAUUCAUGAAU